UUCUAUAUUUUAAACGACGUAUGUUUGAUCUGUUAAAACACUGAAGAAAAUUAAUAAAAGAUAUGAAAAUGAAGAGUGGAUCGUUUCGGUUAUAUCGGUUUAUUGUUUAAAAGAAUACUGCGCGAAACGCGCCCAUUGUUUUAAAUGUAAUCAGAUAUCAUCAUUGAUUUUAAAAGAUUGAAGAAUUUGAAAGUUUUUGAAUCAGCGCUGGUCAAAGGACACAACUAUAUAGUAUAGAAAAAAUGCAGUUUAUGUUUUGAAUUGUGUUUCCAUGGAAACGUAAACAGGGCAUGAAUAUUGAAUGACGGAAUUAGCCGUGAAUCAGACCUCUUUUGUGCCACCACCAAAAGUUAAAGGGGUUUCUACACGGAAAACAUCAAAUCUUUACAUAGAUAUAGAAAUAGAGAAACCAAGACACGGACAUAGAGCAAAAUUUGGUCAUAGUGUUAUACGUCUUGCUGGAUCCCUCGCUAAACAAACAGUUGUCACUGACCACACUAUUCAAAUUCAUUUACCUGGAAACUCUGGUGUCCAUGACCUUAACUUAAUCUAUAACCACCAAGGUCAGCCGAAUUUGCCCGAAGUCCAUCGAGAUGGAGUGUAUAGUUUAUUAACUCAGCAACGCCCUGACCUUUUACAUGUCGAACCCGUUACUUCCGUUGACGCACUUCCUAUAAUCACAGAUUUGAAAGAAGGUGGUUUUGAUUUAAUAGCAACAGCAACAAAUAAAACUGCUUUUCAAGAACAUUUAUCUGAUAGCGUCUUACCUAAAGAGUUACAACUUAUACGAAUCUGGAGAACUGGAGAAUUUUACACUUUUAAUCAAUCAACCGGAAGUCUAAACAAAUUACAUGACGCACGGAAGCGGAACUUGAAAUCUUUGGGAUACGCCGUCGAUAAGUUUAAAGUUUUGCCAGGAAUUCAAGACUGGCAAUAUAGUGUCGACGAAAGUGCAAAUUAUUAUAAAAAGUACUUGAUUCAGGAUCAAAUAGAUGAAUUAGAAAGACAACUUGCUAAGAAAAAUCCUCCGACCCAUUCUUUACCGGAAAUACAUAGACAGGAACGCCCUCUAGUGCGCCGGUGGAGUUUCACGUCCGACAACUCCCCUGAGAAAGACAGUUUUUACAAGAGAGUACUCGCAGGACAGGUUCCUCUGAAGAGAAGUUUAACAGAUCGUGGACAACGAGCAAGAUUGACCAGGUCGAACGUCUUACGUCACGAAUUCUACCAGAGUAGACGUCCACGUCCCUCGACACCAACGCUUUCUUCCGUCAUGGAGCAACAAAGAGCGAAAUUAUUUGACGCCGAUGACGCACUACAGGAACAAAAUUUGAAAUGCCCAGUAUGUAAACAUUACUAUGACACAAAGGACCGUAAUCCUCACAUCUUACACUGUCUCCACGGCACGUGUCAUGCCUGCCUUAAAACUCGAGUACGAGCCGAGAUGGUCCAAUGUCCGGUAUGCAGCGAGGUUCACGAAGUUCCAAACAACGAAAUAGAAUUACUUCCGGUUGAUCAUGCGCGACAACAUCUUGUCAAGUUUUACAAGGUCAGAAAUCGUGCCCAAGAGAUAGGGUGUGACAGCUGUGACCCCCGGAACCGGGCUACUCACAGGUGUAAAGAAUGUGACGAGUUUUUGUGUGGUGUCUGUAACGAGGCUCAUAAACGUACAAAGGUCACGAAAAGCCACAACAUUGUCAACAUUGACGCGCUUAGAAGAUCAAACUUGGACGAAUUUCAUCACAAGCGCACGUGUCACGUGCCAGGUCACGAGGAUCAACAUUUCAGCUUUUACUGUUACUCUAAAGGAUGUGACACACCUAUAUGUUCCCUGUGUGCGGCCACGGAACACAACAAAGCCGAUGGUCAUGAUAUACGGAACAUAAAUGAUGUCUAUCUCGAGAAUAAGAGAGUUGUCGAGGGCUUACUGAUAGAUGUAAAACAUAAAAGAGGCCUCGCGGAAGAAGCCAUCCAAAGUAUUGAAGAUGAAAUACAAAAUCUCUACAUUAAAGAAAGUGCUACAGACGAAGAAAUAGACCAAUCUUUUCUGGCUUGUCAGAAACAACUGGAGAAACGAAAAAAUGAACUGAAGGAAAAACUGGCGGCGACAUCAAAGGCGAAAAAGAAAGGAAUGGAGAGCCAGCUGGAUAAACUAAUCAGUGAGAAGAAUAGCUUAGACCAUGCUGCCAGGUUCUCUAACAAUGUCCUAGGAUAUAGUGACACAACGGAAUUCUUACAAAUGAAAGAUGCACUGUUUGGUCGCCUUGGAGAGUUGAAAGAGAUGGAAGUAGAUAUCAGACCACAUAACAAGGCGGAUAUAAAGUUUCACGGGCAUAAAAUGGUGGAUGCUUUCCAAAAAUUGUCCAAUAAGAUGGGCGAGGUAUGGUCAACAACUGCCUUUAUCCCGAACACAAAGAUUCAGACAUAUGACAUUGGUCUCGGACGCGAGGAGACUGCCAUGAUGAUUACGCUCCAUGACUACGAGAGGCGCCCCCUAGCGGAACCAGGAGUCGAUAUUCGUGUGGAGGUUCUAAAUCCUAUAGGAAAGAAAACUCGAGCUCAAGUCAUUGACUUGACAGAUUCUGAGGGAGCGUAUAAAGUGGUAUUUCAGGGGACAAAACUUGGUGACCAUCGAGCAAGCGUUUUUGUAAUGGGCCUACCAGUAAUUGACCCUGGCGUGACGUUCAAGGUCAGACGGCAAACGGAUCUGGAAAAUGAUGUACUCAGAGAUUAUGAGCCCACAUCAGACGGCCCAAAGGUCAAAUCCAAGGUCGACUCCGGUUUACAACACCCGACGAAAUAUAACCAGUCCCCGUCGGUACCUCUACACGAUGAUAAGCCUGUUUUAGUCGGUUUGAAACUUGACGAUGAUGAUGAUUAUGACACGGAGAGGGGAAAGCCGAGAGCCAAGUCUUACCGUGUGUUUGGUGAUAUUAUAUGUCCUGAUUUUAUGUUUGACGCCACAACCUGCCAUCCACAAAAUAUGGUGACCUCCGACUCCAGGACAUUGAAAAAUAUCCGCGGACGAACUGCCCAUAUAGGAACAGCCCUCAAGAAUUACCGAGGAGCAAUUGGUACCCGGCCGUUUAGCAAGGUCGGGCGAUUCUAUUUUGAAGUUGUCGUCUAUUUUUUCAUCAAACGACAGUUGCGGAACGACCUCAUUUUUGAAGUUGCAAUCGCCCGAAAGUCAGAGAUAGAUAAAAAUUACACCGUGGAUGGUUCCCCAUAUGCAUGGACGGUAUGUGCGCGUAGAUGUCCUCUCUGUCGCACCGUCUGUCUGAUGACUUUUCAUAAUGGCGUCCGCUUGUACCAUUUACCGCUAACUGAAAACUCUCCGCCAGGAACUACUUUACGAACAACAAUCGGGUUUUUGGUAGAUAUGAAGCAGAAGCAGUGGUUUAUUGUGGACGCAAAGAACAGACGACUCUUUUAUCGGUUCAAGAGUAUAGACACUUCGAAGCCUUUAUGGCCGGUUUUCGGUGCGUACAGCACGGAGUACGUCAGCGUCUCGAUGGCUCUAAAAACUGGGAAAGAUGUUCAAGCUGUACCGGAUAUACCGUCUGAUAUUUGAAAUGUACCGGAUAUACCGUCUGAUAUUUGAAAUGUACCGGAUAUACAGUCCGAUAUUUGAUAUAUACCGCAUAUACCGUCUGAUAUAUUUAAUAUACCGAAUACACCGCUAGAUGUUUGAAACUUACCGGAUAUACCGUCUGAUGUUUGAAUUGUACCGGAUAUACUGUCUGAUAUUUGAUAUAUACCUGAUAUACAUUUCUGAUAUUUGAAAUGUACCGGAUAUACCGCCAAAUGUAUGAGUUGUAUCGGAUAUACGGUCCUAUGCUUGAAUAAACCGAAUAAAAUAAGAUAUACCGUCUGACAGUUGAAAUAUACAUUUUGAUACAAUUCAGUAUUUAGAGAAUUAAAUAUGCACUGUAGCAUAUGUGUGCAAUCGUUAUACAAAGCGGUUUACUUAAACAUUUGUAGUACUAUUCUUUUUAUUCAAAUUGAAACUUUUUUGACCAUGUAUAUGAUCCUGGACUCAUGCAUUUGUAAUCCUAACAAAUAAGUUUUUAACUUUUAGCCACGUUUCACGCAGACAUUUGUAUAAAUCAUAAUUUUCAUGCAUGUUUAAUUUAGUAUUAACGAGUCGUAAUUAUACCAUUUGAUUUUCUAUCUGUAUAAUGUAAUAGAAAUAUGCUUUGCUGUGAUAUUUAUAGGUAUUUUAACAAUAAUGAUUUCGUGUUUUAUGUGUGUUUGUGUUUUUUGUUAUAUAAAAAUGUAUGAUUUGUUUGAAAGGAUAUAAAUAAUGACUUGCAAAUUAAAAUGGUUC